AUGCAGUUACAUUUUUCAAUUCUCAAGUUCUUCGUACUCACCGCCUUGAUCGCUGUAGCCGCAGCCAAUUCCGCCUAUCCCGACUCAACUUAUCCAGUUCCAUCUUACCAAAGGCCAUCUUAUUUACCUUCGACGUACGAGGUCAAGGAAUACCCCGCCCAGCCAUACGCUUUCAACUGGGCCGUCUACGAUGGUUACGGCAACGACUACGGCCACUAUGAGACCAGCGACAGCAAAGUAACCACCGGCAAUUACCGCGUCCUCCUCCCCGAUGGCCGUGUUCAAACCGUAACGUACAAAGAUGAUGGCUACGGAUACGUUGCUGAUGUCAAGUACGAAGGUGAAGCCAAGAUCCCCGCUCCAGCCCACUACUCAGCCCAGGCUUACUCCGCACCUGUAUUCACCUCUCAAGUUGUCACCGCUCCAGCUGUAUCAUCUCGUACUUACUCCGCACCAGUUGUUACCGGUCCUGCUGGUCCUGCCCGCGUUUUAACCACUUCAUCUGUUACGGCUCCAGGUGCUAACUCACGCACUUAUUCCGCACCGGUCUUCGUUUCUUCUGCUGGCCGCACUUCGGGAGCCACCACUCGUACCCAUUCCGGCGAUGUAUUCACCUCGUCUUCGGUCGUCGCUCCAGUUGCAGCUUCUCGCACUUACUCCGCACCCGUUUUCACCUCUCCUGGUGCCAGCAUUUCUGGGGACGCCUCCCGCAUUUACUCCGGCCAAGUUUUCACGUCUUCGGGAGUCACAGCACCUGUAAUCACUUCCGUUCCGAUCACAGCUCCUGCUGUAUCAUCUCGUACUUACUCCGCACCAGUUGUUACCGGCCCUGCUGGUUCUGCUCGCGUUUUAACCGCUUCAUCUGUUACCGCCCCGGGUGCCAACUCCCGCACGUAUUCCGCACCGGUCUUCACUUCUCCUUCGUCCUCAUCUACGGUAUUCACCUCGUCUUCAGUCGGCGGUCCUGCUGGAACUUCUCGUACUUACUCCGCACCAGUUUUUACCUCUGAUGACUCCGCUUUUGGCCGUGUUUCCCAGACCGGCACUGCCCCGGGCACUGGAUCCGUCUUCAUCACUUCGGGUAACGUUGCUCGCGACUACUAA